AGUGUAUCAACCUCUUUUGGAUCGCUUCAGCUUCAACUUUGAUCAUCCACACAGAGGACAUGGAGAAGGUGCAACAAAUGACAAACGACAAAGGAAGCUUUAAGAUUGAAAUUCUUGGUGAUGGCAAUUCUGCGGCGGAAGUGGGUUCCCGUGGGCUAUCCCGUCAGACAAGCAUGACCAAGACCAACUGCCUUUGCUCACCAACCACUCACCCUGGUUCUUUCAGGUGUAGGAUUCACCGGUCUCUUUCGUUGCAACGUACCAAGAGUAUCGAAGCUGCAUCUCUAUUGGAUUCUCCACCCAAGCCAGCGGAUUCCCCUAGUGCCGCGCGCUAAAUAGAUUUAUGAUGAAUCCAUGGCAUUACAAUUGUUUGUUGUAACUUGUAGUUUAAUCAUUAUAUGGAGGAGUAGGUUUUUAUUUUCCAACAAUAUGCAUUGUACGCUUUAAUCAAUUCAUGACAUUACA